AUGUUUCAAUUCACGACGACGGAGAAACAAGUUUCAUUGGAUUUUUUUGAAUCGAUCUUUUUAGUAUGUUUAAUGAUAGCAUUGUUACCGCAAGCUCUUCUAAAUUAUCGUUUGCAAAAUACAAAUAAUUUAUCAACAACAACAAUUAUAUUAUGGACUAUAGGAUCUGAAAUAACAUUAGUCUAUUUAGUUUGGACUGAUGAAAUAUUAAUUAUAGCUGCUGCUUAUGCAGUAUUUAUUGCCGUUGCAUUAUUUAUAGGUUGUCAAAUCAAAUAUUAUGAUCAAGAGGAACAAUCUAUAAAUUCAUCAGUUUCAAAAAAAUCAAAAUAUUUUCAGUUUCUAAUAAAUUAUAUGUUAUUAUUAUUUUUAUGUUUUAUUUUUGGCAUUCUUUUAUAUUAUAUACUUCAAUUAACAAAAUCACAUCUUUACAUGUCAGUAUUGAUUGGAGGAAUUAUUCCAACAAUUAUUGAUUCAAUUGGAUAUUUUCCUCAAAUUAUACUAAUUAUUCAAAUGAG